CUCAAUAUAAGACGGGUCUCCAAAAUGAAAGUCAACAACUGCACGAGGAGAUGGCAACAAGAAGUGAAAAUAGUGAUACUGAAAGCAACGAGACCUGGAACAUUUCUGGCAAUGAAAUUAGAAGUGAAGGCAGUGAAGUUGUGUUUUUGGAAAACAACAACGAAGUUGUUCGAACAAUAUUGAGGACAAGAAGGAGGGGUGGAACCAUCAAAAUUGCUAACAAUAAAAUUAUUUCAACCGGAGGCGGGCGUGUUGGGAUUUGCAAAAUUGGCAAGAACUACUACAACUGGGGGGUAUUAAUAUUUCUUCUUGUUCUUAUUUUUGGAUUGGCAAAUUGGGAAAAAAGUACUGCAACUCAAAGACUAAGCAAUCAACAAGCUACAGUUGCCUUCAGACAAUUACCAAUGUCAGUGGACCUCAACUUGGGUACUCGAGCUGACUUAGAAGAUAACAAUCAAUAUCGUGAUUCAGAAAAUUACUUGGGAGAAGAAGAGCUUUAGUUCUACAUAUGAUGCGGAAAACAAUACAACAGAACUAGAUGAGUUGCUUUGCGAGAACAUGCAAUGCGAUGAUAUGGUGUACGUAAAGGCUGAUAACAUGUUUCAGGGUUUUUUUAGUUUUAAUGUUUUAGCUUUUCUUGACAAACUUGUAAAGUCAUAUGUAACCAAUCAAGCUCAUUAUAUUUAGACUAGGUUAUUAUAGUAUCAAGAUGGCUUUGUGGCUGUUUUCAAAUGUGGCAACUUGCAAUGA